AGGUGAGAGGGAAACACGGAGAACCUCAUUACUAGUGACACUUGAAGCAGAGAGGGCAGAGAGGGUCACACAGUUUACUCUUGGGGACAUCCCCCUUUACAUGCUGUGCAGUGGACGUUGCAGGAGUUGUGUCUUCCAGUUCCUUUUUGACUACUUCCUGGGGAAUGAUGGAGCAUGCCUUCCCUUCCUACAGCCGGAGCCCUGUCUGGGAUGAAGUGGAAUGUGACAAGAUGUCGGGGAGCGGAGCAAUGAGGGAGCCCCCGGCAGUAGCCGGCACCGCGGCGGGAGACGAGUCCUCUGACAGCGAGGGCGAGCAUGAGGGAGCCCAGAAACUCAUCCGGAAAGUGUCCACCUCCGGCCAGAUCCGCAGCAAGACAAGUAUCAAAGAAGGAUUAUUACUGAAGCAAACCAGUUCAUUUCAGAGAUGGAAAAAACGCUAUUUUAAGCUGCGAGGCAGAACGCUAUACUAUGCCAAGGAUUCAAAGUCUCUAAUAUUUGACGAGGUUGACUUGUCAGACGCCAGCGUAGCUGAAUCAAGCACAAAAAAUGUCAACAACAGCUUCACGAUAAUCACUCCGUUUAGAAGACUUAUACUGUGUGCAGAGAACAGGAAAGAGAUGGAGGAUUGGAUCAGCUCAUUGAAAUCUGUGCAGUCCAGAGAGCACUAUGAGACCGCACAGUUUAAUGUGGAACAUUUCUCAGGGAUGCAUAACUGGUACGCCUGUUCCCAUGCUCGACCCACCUUCUGUAAUGUGUGUAGAGAGAGCCUUUCUGGAGUCACCUCGCACGGCCUGUCUUGUGAAGUAUGUAAGUUUAAAGCUCAUAAAAGAUGUGCUGUUCGAGCAACAAACAAUUGCAAGUGGACAACGCUCGCCUCCAUUGGCAAAGAUAUCAUUGAGGAUGAGGAUGGUAUAGCAAUGCCUCACCAGUGGCUGGAAGGAAACCUACCUGUAAGUGCCAAAUGUGCGGUUUGUGACAAAACAUGUGGAAGUGUCCUACGCCUGCAGGACUGGCGAUGCCUUUGGUGUAAAGCAAUGGUACACACGGCAUGCAAGGAGCAGUACCCUCGAAAGUGUCCCCUUGGCCAGUGCAAAGUAUCAAUCAUACCUCCAACUGCGCUCAACAGCAUAGACUCUGAUGGGUUUUGGAAGGCAACCUGCCCUCCCAAUUGUGCCAGUCCACUCCUAGUAUUUGUAAAUUCAAAAAGUGGAGAUAAUCAGGGUGUGAAGUUUCUCCGCCGAUUUAAACAGUUGCUCAACCCUGCUCAAGUGUUUGAUUUGAUGAAUGGAGGACCUCAUCUAGGUUUGCGAUUAUUUCAGAAGUUUGACAAUUUCAGAAUUCUUGUGUGUGGAGGAGAUGGAAGUGUUGGCUGGGUUUUAUCGGAAAUAGAUAAGCUCAGCUUACAUAAACAGUGUCAGCUGGGAGUACUGCCCUUGGGUACUGGCAAUGAUCUAGCCCGAGUUCUUGGCUGGGGCUGUGCUUGUGAUGAUGACACACAGCUGCCUCAGAUCUUGGAAAAAUUAGAACGUGCAAGCACAAAAAUGCUAGACAGAUGGAGUAUCAUGUCAUAUGAGCUUAAGCUGCCAACAAAGCCUUCCAUUCUUCCUAUAACGUCAGAAGAGUCUGAGGAAGAGUGUCAAAUAUCUGCUUACGAAGAUUCCGUGGCCACUCAUCUGGCAAAAAUUCUAAAUUCGGAUAAGCAUUCUGUAGUCAUAUCGUCGGCUAAGGUUUUAUGUGAAACUGUAAAGGAUUUUGUUGCAAAAGUUGGGAAGACGUAUGAAAAACCUUUGGAGAACACGGAGGAGGCAGAAGCCAUGGCCCUAAAAUGCUCAACAUUAAAUGAGAAGCUGGAUCUGCUUCUCCAGACCUUACAUGCAGAAGCGCAGGCCGUUCCAUUACUGGCAUAUCCCACACCACCUAUUGUAGAAGAAGAAGUUGAGGAGGAGUUUUCUAGUGAAGAUUCCUCAUCUGAGAGCAAGGAGCAGCUAACAGAAAACAUAGCAAAGUCUUCCACUCCAAAACUAUUCAAACCUAGAGAGCAGCUGAUGCUGCGAGCGAAUAGUUUGAAAAAAGCAGUUCGCCAAAUCAUUGAGCAAGCAGAGAAAGUUGUAGAUGAGCAGAAUGCCCACACGGAAGAACAAGUGAACCUGUCACCUGAUGAAUAUAGAAAGGAGUUAGAAGAGUCCAAAGAUGAAGAGAAGGAUGAAGAUACAAAAGAAUCUGAAUCCCUAUCGGUCAAAGCUGCUCCAAGGUCGCCUGACAGACGCACAAGUCGCAGCACCCAUUCACAUUCUGGCUCAUUCUCCAGCCAACCCUUGGCUGCAAGCAAGGAAAAUCUUCCUGUGUUGAACACUAGGAUCAUCUGUCCAGGUUUAAGGGCAGGGCUGGCAGCUUCCAUCGCCGGGAGUUCCAUCAUCAACAAAAUGUUGCUAGCAAACAUUGACACAUUUGCUGCUACUCCUUUUAUUGAUCCAGAUCCUGAUUCUUUAGAAGGCUACUCAGAAAAGUGUGUGAUGAAUAAUUACUUUGGAAUUGGUUUAGAUGCAAAAAUUGCCUUAGAAUUUAACAAUAAACGAGAAGAGCAUCCUGAAAAAUGCAGAAGCCGAACUAAAAACAUGAUGUGGUAUGGAGUGCUUGGUACCAAAGAGCUCCUGCAGAGAACUUAUAAAAACUUAGAACAAAAAGUUCAACUGGAGUGUGAUGGGCAGUAUAUUCCUCUUCCAAGCCUCCAGGGUAUUGCAGUGUUAAAUAUUCGCAGCUAUGCUGGUGGCAUCAAUUUCUGGGGUGGAACUAAAGAGGAUGAUAUAUUUGGUGCCCCGUCUUUUGAUGAUAAAAUCUUGGAGGUGGUAGCUGUUUUUGGUAGCAUGCAGAUGGCGGUUUCAAGAGUCCUCAAGCUGCAGCAUCACCGGAUAGCACAGUGUCGGUCAGUGAAGAUCACUAUUCUUGGAGAGGAGGGUGUUCCUGUCCAAGUAGAUGGAGAGGCUUGGAUCCAGCCUCCGGGGGUUAUUAAAAUCGUGCACAAGAACAGAGCACAGAUGUUAACUAGGGAUCGGGCAUUUGAAAAUACACUAAAGUCAUGGGAAGAUAAACAGAAGUAUGAUUCUUGUAAACCUGCACUUCGUCCUCUCCUAUACUCUCCUCAAGCUAUAGACUUGGCUUCAGAGGAGGAAGUCGGUCUUGUGCAGCUGUGUUCACAAGCAGCAGAGGAACUUAUUACAAGAAUAUGUGAAGCUGCAAAAAUACACAGUUUAUUGGAGCAAGAGCUAGCUCAUGCAGUGAAUGCCUGCUCACAUGCACUAAAUAAAGCUAAUCCACGUUUUCCAGAGAGUCUAACUCGAAGCACUGCUAUAGAAGUGGCUGUCAAUGUGAAAGCAUUGCACAAUGAAACAGAAUCUCUCCUGGUGGGAAGGGUUCCAUUGCAGCUGGAAUCCCAACAUGAAGAGUUUUUGUCAGAUGCCCUGCACAGUGUGGAGAAUGAGUUAACCAAACUGGCAGAGAUACCCUGGCUAUACUAUGUCUUACAACCUGAUGAAGAAGAGGAUCCUCCCCUGGAAUAUGCUAAACGAAACAGUAGAAGUACAGUAUUUCGCAUAGUGCCAAAGUUUAAAAAAGAGAAGGUUCCAAAGCAUAAGUCCAGCCCUCAGCCUGUUCAAAAAUGGGGCACAGAUGAAGUUGCAGCUUGGCUGGAUCAGCUCAGUUUGGGAGAGUACAGAGAAAUCUUCGUCCGUCAUGACAUCCGAGGCUCAGAGCUAUUGCACCUGGAAAGGCGGGACCUUAAGGAUCUGGGGAUAAUGAAAGUGGGUCAUAUGAAGCGAAUUCUGCAGGGAAUUAAGGAACUCGGCAAGAACGCAUCUUUCUCCGAGGUGUGACGGCUCUGGUGAAAUCCCAGCAAAGCACGGACGAGGCUUUUUCAGAUGUUCAAAGCUGUUGGGGGGCAAUACACUGUCCUUUAGUUUACUGUAUGAAAAAGCAAGCACUGUUAUACAGCUGGAGUGUAAGAAGUCACAAGUAUUGCAAGCUUGGUUUAAGAAUUUACAGUUUGUGCCAAAAUAAGUAAAGUUCACAAAGCCAUUUUGACAAGUUUGGAUCUAUCCAUCCGAAAUCUUUUGGCUUAAACUGAAAAGACAAAGUGGUGGCUAGAUCUUCUAGUGGCAGCAGCCUAGUAAAAUGACCAUCUUCAGUCUAUUCUAACAUAACAUUGUUUGGCAACAAGUGAUUAGGCUGGCUCAAAUGAGGCUUGUGCUUCCUUCCAAAGGAAGGCCAAAAUACAGGUGUGAUAAAGGCUCACUUGGUUGCAGCCUUCUUUUUCCUUUGCCUCAGGGUUGGCUCAUUCACUCGCCAAGGAAUAUAAUUGAAGAUAACGCUUUGUAUAAAAGGAAUGCAAUCUAUAAUGCAUGGAAUACCAGCUUGGGUUGUAUUGUACUUGCAUGAUAUAACUGAUUCUAAAACAAAUCCUAAAAGAAAAAAAAAAACUUGAACAAUUUUUAUAUUUUAAUACGGUUUAAUUUAUUACUACUGAAAUGUUGUGUCUGGGGUGUUUUGGUUUUAUAUUAUUAUUAUUAUUAUUAUUAUUUUAACCCUUUAAGAGUGCCAGAGGAGAGGUGGUCUUCUUCACUCCCGCACUAGAAAGGGUUAGAAGCACUUUUCAAUUCCGUGGUGUAUAUUUUUUGCAUGAACGUGUUUUGUGGCAAGGGAUUUGUGGAUGUAAAACACAUAGCUUUAUGUGCCAUGUAUAUUCAGAAAAUAAUGUGCAUUAUGUAUGUUAGACUUAUUUAUUGUAGCUAGUUGAUAUCUUUUUAAUUAACAUAGUAAUAGUGCUUCUCAGAAAACAAUUUUAAAAGCUGAUUUACCUCACAAUUAUUUGUUUGGGAGGGGGUGGAAAACUCAAAUGAACCAUUUAUUUCCCAAUGCCUUAUGAGAGGGGUGGCCAUAAGGUAAAUUCCAAGAUGGUUUGGAGAAAUAUAACUCCUACAAUCAUUUGCUUGGUUCACGGCUGGCAAAGCAUCUUGGGAAUUGUAUGUCUACAACAGCGGUGGUGGGUAUACUAUUUGGGCUGCCUUAUUAUUUUGUUUUAUGUUUUUUUAUUUAUUUAUGCCUGGGAUGCAUACUCUUAUCAUGUACAAACAUAAUAGUUGCAAAUUCCCUCUACUUUGUUUUGUCAUUAGUCUGACCGCUAAUAACAGGACAGGAUUUAGUUUUGAAUAUUAUGUGAAGGCUAGGCAGAUAAGGAACCCCUACGCAUUUUCCACAUAUCAGCCAAGAGGAAAAUAAAUCAAAAAGGCCUAUGUUUUGCAAAAAGAGCUAAAUUAAUGAAUGCCCACACUGAGUAAAACUUACCACAUUCAUAUUAAAAUGAAUAUACAUUUUUACAAAAAUAUGGUGGCCGUUCCAACACAAGUCCACAAACAUUUUUAAAUUAAGAUUUUUCACUGUAAAAUACAAUGCCAAUACAUUUUUGUACACGGAAGACAAGUUUUAAAAUUACUUU